AUGGCGGACAAGAACCCAACCGCCGAUGUAUCGACCGAGUCGGAGGCUUCAGAGAGAGGCAACAUCAUCAACGCAUCUGGACAUGCGCAAGAGUUGUCGCGCAACUUUAGUCUGAUCUCCCUUGCCGGUGUCGGCCUCGUCGUUGGCAACGUAUGGCCGGCCAUUGGAGGCUCAAUUCUUGUUGCCAUUUUCAAUGGCGGACCUCCAGGUGUGCUGUACGAAUUCCUCGUCGUAUCGGUGUUCUACUGGAUCGUGGCAGCAUGUAUAGCUGAGCUCGCGUCCGCGAUCCCCUCCUCGGCCGGUGUCUAUCAAUGGGCCACCAUCACGGCAGGGAAAAAAUGGGGCCGUGUGGUCGGCUUUUUCGCGGGUUGGUGGAAUUGCCUUGCCUGGAUUCUCGGUGCUGCGUCAAUGACAUCCAUCUUUUCGAACACGGUCGUGCAAAUGUAUGCUCUGAAGCAUCCGGACUUCGUCUCGAAGCCGUGGCAUGUCUUUGUGACAUAUAUCAUCGUCACCUGGAUUGCAUGCUUGAUUGUCUGUUUCUUCAACGAAGCCAUGCCCCGGCUGAACGCCAUCGGCAUCUUUUUCAUUUUGGCUGGCUUCCUCAUCACCAUCGUGGUGGUCACAGUCAUGCCUGGCCGCGAUGGCCGAGCUGGACAUGCAUCUUCGUCCUUUGUCUGGACCGAGUGGACUGCUGAUAUCGGGUAUCCCAAUGGCUUCGUUUUCGUGGCUGGUAUGCUCAACGGUGCUUUCAGCGUCGGUACUCCGGACACUACGAGCCAUCUUGCGGAAGAGAUUCCAUACCCGCAAAGGAACGUCCCCAUCGCCAUUGCUUGCCAGAUGAGCAUCGGCUUUGUCACCGGAUUUGCGUAUCUGAUUGCAAUCCUAUACGCUAUCAACGACUACGAUGCUCUCUUCGAAUCGCCAUACCCAAUCGCCGAGAUCUACCGACAGGCCACUGGCUCUGCCAAUGGAGCCAUUGGGCUGCUCACGCUUGUCCUCAUCUGCAUCGGCAUCUGCGUAUGCGGUCUUUAUAUCACCUGCGGUCGAACUCUAUGGGCUUUGGCUCGCGACGGGGCCACGCCUUUCCCAAGCACUCUGGGCCAAGUCAAUCAUAGACUCGGCAUGCCAUUCAACUCAACAAUCACGUCCGCCGUUCUCGUCACCAUCCUCGGCGCCAUCUAUGUCGGCAGCACUACGGCCUUCAACGCCUUUGUCGGGUCGUUCGUCUUGCUGUCCAGCUCCUCCUACAUUGCCGCCAUCUUACCCCACCUCCUUACCAAACGCCGCAACAUCGAGGUUUAUGGCCCCUUCCACCUCAAAGGCGCCAUUGGAUUCGUCUUCAACUCUAUUGCCUGCGCAUACAUGAUGGUUUGGUUUGUCAUCUAUUGCUUCCCGUAUUAUCUCCCCACCGAUGCGCAAACGAUGAACUAUGCAUGUCUGAUCUGGGGCGGAUUCACCGUCUUUGUCGCUGCAUGGUGGUUCUUGGGGGCGAGAAAGGGAUACCAAGGCCCGCCCAUGAUUGUCGAUGGAGGCAAGGUGAACCUGGCGGAUACCUUGAAGAAGGUGGAUCCUCAGGCUGUGAGGAACAAUAGCCUAAAAGCAGCCGCAUGA